GCGCAGGCGAGCAGGGCAGAGUCGACGUGACUGGCCGGGGAAGGGAGCCUCGCAGCGCCCAGCAGCGAGGAAGUGGCACUAAAGUGAUUUCCACUCUUCUGCUAUGGAAUUGUGAUCUGGCAGGGGCUGCCAGCACCACAGGGUUGGAGACUCCAAUGUUGCUGCCACUCACCAAACUGACGACCAGGUGGAGAGAGAAUAGACUGCGUCUGAGACAGACUGGUCCAGAGAGGGCGCAUGCCAAGAAUGCUCUGAAGGCACUAGCAAGGAACGCAGCAUCCUCCUGAAAGCCUCUUCGCGAGGUCAUCCCACUGACUGCUACUGCCUCAUGGGAAGGGGCACUUAGGAUUCUGCUGUCAUCCCCCCAAAACUUUUGCUAAGCAAAAAUAAGACUUUUGCCACAGGACUGAGCAAGAUAUUAUUUCAUUUAAUUUUUGAACCUUUUGAUCUUUCUGGUUAGUCUUGACUGUUGAGCCUGGAGAAUUUUAAGCCACAUUCGUUGCUACUAUUUUUUGUGCUCACUUUUCAAAAUGAUUGAUUUAAGCUUCCUGACAGAGGAGGAACAAGAGGCCAUUAUGAAGGUUCUGCAGCGGGAUGCUGCCCUGAAGAGGACUGAAGAAGAGAGAGUCAGACAUUUGCCUGAAAAAAUUAAGGAUGAUCAGCAGCUGAAGAAUAUGAGUGGCCAGUGGUUUUAUGAAGCCAAGGCAAAAAGGCACAGAGAUAAAAUCCAUGGUGCAGAUAUCAUCAGAGCAUCUAUGAGAAAGAAGAGGCUCCAAGUGGCAGUCGAGCAGAGUAAGGACAGAGCAAUUGAGGCAAAGGAAAGCUGGGUGAAUAAUGUCAACAAAGAUGCUCUCCUUCUCCCAGAACUGGCUGGUGCUGUAGAAGAGCCAGAAGAAGAUUCAGCACCAAUAAGCCCAAGUCCCAGUGUGGUGAAUCCAGCUUCCACUGUGAUUGAUAUGUCCCAGGAGAACACAAAGAAAUCAACUGGAUCUCCAGCUAAGCAAAGGAAGAAUCCAUUUAAUAGCUCCAAGUUGCCAGAAGAUCACUUAUCACAACAAACUCAAAAUGAGCAGUCAAAAAAUGGAAGAGCUGGUUUAUUUCAGAUUUCAAAAGAGGGUGAAUUGUCAGAUUCAAAAGAAAAGUCAUCUAUCCCAGAUAUUUCAAGCCAAAAGUUAGAGGAAUCAAAGCAGACUAUGUCAGCUGGGCCUGAGAAUGGGUCCCAAAUCAAGGCUCCAGUUCCCAAAGCCAGAAAAUUUAUCCACAAAUCAGAUGGUUUAAAACAAGAUGAUAAACAGUCUUUUCCUAGACAGAGGUCAGACUCCAUGAGUGCAAGAGGGGCUCCAAGAGGGAUCCUCAAGCGUAACUCCAGUUCCAGUAGUACAGACUCAGAAACUCUUCGUUUAAAUCAAAACUUUGAACCCAGAAGCAAAAUCGUGUCACCUGGCCUAACCAUCCAUGAGAGAAUUUCUGAGAAGGAGCAUUGUUUAGAAGAUGACUCUUCCUCAAACUCAUUGGAGCCAUUAAAGCAUGUGAGAUUCUCUGCAGUGAAGGAUGAACUUCCACAGAGUCCUGGGCUAAUCCAUGGCCGGGAAGUGGGAGAAUUUAGUGUUUUAGAAUCUGACAGGUUAAAGAAUGGAACAGAAGAUGCAGGAGACAUAGAAUUUCAGGAUGACUCUAAGCCCUUCCAGUAUAAAAAGGAUUUGCUUCCUCAUCCAUCAGCCUCAAGCCCAAGUACAUCAAAAAAUGAAGCAUAUCAGCCAUUGAUUUCUGGUUCUGUUCGAAAUGAUGGACUCCAUUCUUCCUUGGAAGUUCUAACUGCAAAACCACAGAUCACUGAGAACUUGCCUACCACCAAUAAACACCAAACUAAAUCAUCAGAAUUAACAAGGCUUGAAUCAGUAUUGUCCCCAAAUCCUGCUGAUGAACUGUCUCAUUGCAUUGAGCCUGAACCAUCUCAGGUGCCAGAUUGCAGUUCUAGAGACCAUCAGCAAGGUAAGCUCCCUCUUCUCAUGGCUCUGAAAGCUAAGACAUCCUCACGCUCUGCUCCACCUGCCACUGAGAUCAAGAAGACAACUGAUGAUUCCAUUACUAAAGUCCUAGACUGGUUUAACCGAAGUUCUCAUUCAGACGACAGUAAACCAUCCCUCCAACAUCCCCGAGGAACAGAACCCAAAGGAAAAACAGACUCAAAGUCACGGGUUGCUAUUGCCAUGGUGACAGAUGACACCAGUCUUAAAGAAAAUGAUUCCAAGGCACUAUUGUCCACCAAAGUUAAAUUGAAGCCUGUGAGAUAUGAUUCAGCAUUCCAGGAAGAAGGAGAUAUGCUGGUUUCUGAAAUUUUCCAAGAUAAUUCUAUGAAUAUCAAACCCAAAUCUAUGAAUUUGUCCCAACAAAGCACCCCAAAGGAAGGUCAAGUUAUACCACAGCCAUUUGCAAACUGUGGUACCCCAAGUCAAGGAAGUAAAAAUAUGGAUAAUAGCCAAGACUUGAAAAGCAUAGAAGAAAAUGGGGUACCUCCCACAACCAAUAACUGCUCCUACAGUGUUCUCAAAGGAUCCAAUGCAGAAGUCCAAGUUUCAUGCAACACUAAGAAUAUUGGCAGCUUUGGUAAAGAAGAACCCAAGCCUCAUGCUCAUGAAAAACAUACAGGAAACUCCAAAGUAAAAUUUGACUCUUUAGCAAUUGUCCAGGAACCAAAUUUGAAAGAUAAUGUGAAGGUAGAGAGAAAGAGCAAAGAAGAAAAUAAUUCCAUCCUGAAAGCUUCCUUAGAGACAGAUAAUAGGGAGAUGCUGCCUGGGAUUGUCAACAGUGUAGCUCCUUCAAAGAAGCCUGAGGUUCACCCACAACAAGAAGCUGGUGAGGUUCCCAAGAACCAAGUGCAAAGAGAGAAAUACAAAAGAGUGAGUGACAGAAUAUCCUUUUGGGAAGGAGAGAAAGCUGCUGCUAAGUUAACUCAUAAAGAACCCACAUCUUCAUGUAGCCAGGAACAAUCCUCUGCUAAAGCAUACCCGCCUGUGAGAUCACAGGAUAUAUUCACAGACAGUUUAUCUACAGGCCAGAGUGAAUAUGGUCAGUUCACUGCCAAACGAGUGGUCUUUGAUGAGGAUGAUCAAGCAUUCCAUCUCUCCAGUUUUCAUUCCUCAAACAAGCCUAAAGAGACCAGUCCCCAAAUAUCAGGUCCAUUGAAAUGCCAUCCUUCAGCUGACCAAUCAAAUAAAAUGUUGCUGUUUCAGGAUAAGACAAAUAAGCAUAUAAAAAGUUUGCUAGAGGAAGACAGUUUGCAUUCUAGAAGAGACAUUACUUUACCAGCAUUGCAACAUCCCUCAAACACUAGGAAUGAAAUACACGCUCCUUUGGAGAAAGAAAGAUUUCUAAUUGGUGAAUCAAAUGCCAACUUUAAAAUUAUGUCCCUAAAAGAACGAAUGGAUGAACCCAACACAGAACAGGUUUAUAAUCACUCUCAGUUUGAGAAUUUGAGAAAGUUUUGGGACUUAGGAGGUAAUCCAAACAGUAAGAAUAAUUCUGAGAAGAAUACUACAAUAAGCCAAAAAAUUUUUGUGCCAUUCUCUAGCCAAAAACACAAGGAAUUCAGUGAUGUUAAAUCAUCAGGAAGAAAUACCCACCAAGAAGAGGUGUUCUCUGUUACACCGAGAGAGGAAAUGAAGAAAUUAAAUUCAAAAUGUAUACUCCAGGUGCUACCAAAUGAAACCACAUUUCCACUGAGGCCACCUGGAGAAUCCAUUCAACAUUUGGCAGGAAAUGAGUCAACAAAGGAAAAUGUGAAAAAUAAUAUGGAAUGGCUUGGUACUCCAGUAUUUAAGGAAGCAAAGGAUUUUUCAGAUCAAGAGAUUCAGGAAUCCAUAGUGAAAGCACAUGUUUUAUCUAAAGACAACAAAGACACUUUUAGUGACAGUGUACAGAAGCUGGUUUUAGAAGGUUCAUCACCAGCAAUCCAGCCUUCUGGUAAAGAAGCUUAUGGAAAAGAAAUUCUCAAACCAGGUGUUUCAGAAGAUAGGAAAUGGCUUCAAAAGACAGAUUUUGCUGAUGAUGAGGAAGAAGCUGAAGGACCUAAAGAGUUCACUAAUGAGCAUGUAGAUAAAACAGUGGUGCCUCCGAAGUUCAAACAGAACACUUUGGCUGCUAGUCUAAACAAACUCCUGAAAGAAGCAACUGGAAUUCCACACUCACCCUUGCAAACUGAGUUAGAACCCAUGACCACUGGAACUGGCUCUCAGCUUGAAGAGGGUAGAUUUUUUGAAAAGGGAAUAAAACCGAGAGGCUGUCAGAGAGAGAUAGUAGCUCCUUUAUCAGAGGGGUAUGAAACUUCGGGAAAUACAGCUUUCACCCAGAAAGCUGAAAGUGGUGAGUGCCAGCUCAACAGGGAGAACUUGCUUCAGAUGGCUGCAAAAGGUUCUUCCCAUCUUCACAGAAAGGAUUCUUUUAAGGAUGUGACCAACUCUCCACAAGACAUGUCUUUUUCCCAGGAUGCUCAUCUUGUUCCCCACGAUGGAGCAUUGCCUUCUCAAAGGGAAAUUUCAGAGACUGUAGAGAAAGUCAUUCUUCCAUCUAAACCUGAAUUGAAUUAUGUAAAUGAUGUAUUAAAGAAGCUACUUAGAGAAACUUGCCCGAGUUAUCCUUCUGCAAUGGAAAUAGGUCCUGGAGAAGUAAAAGCAGAAUUUUCUGAAGGAGUACAGGCAGCAGGCAGCCCCCCAAAUUCUCUGAGUGUGACCCCAUUGUGGGCUACAAUGGACACCAUUGCUUCAGAUAGGAAAGAUUUUUAUUCCUUCACUAUAGUUCCUGAUAAAACUCAUGAAGUUGGAUCAUCUUUGACCACUCAGAUGGCUCCAUCAGAACAGCUCCUUAGCUCAUCUGUUUCCACUGACAAAAAGCAUGACAAAAAGUUACCCCAGGAAGUGGCAGAAAUUGUAAAGGAAACAAUUAUUCAACCCAAAUCAGAGUUCCUUGAAUUCAGUGCUGGCUUAGAAAAGCUCCACAAGGAAACACUAGAAACCUACCCUUCAAGAUAUGAAAAGGAUACAGGAACUCUCUCUCCAUCAGACUUAAUAGGUAGUACUGAGGCACCCAGGCAAGCUACUUCCAAUUUCCAUCCCAAGGAAAUUGAAGAAACAGUUGAAAAGUCUGAGGCUCCAUCAAUAACUGAGAGUGCUUUUGAUAUUGGGUUUGAGAAACUUCUUAAAGAAAUAUGUGAAGUUCCACCUCAUGGACACCAGGUAUCAGUGAAGGAAGAAAUUCCUGAGAAGGAGCCCUCACAGUCAGAGCAGGCCAGGUUCUGGGCAGCCUCAAGGGCCUCUGAAAUGAAGGGUAGAAGCAAUGGUUUGGAAUCUCAAGUCGACCAAAUUGUUAAAGUAUUGGGAGGAGAUGAAGUUGUGACUGAUUUAUCAGUUGCUCUUUGUUGUUCUUCAAGUGGGGUUGAGAUCUCUGGAACCCCCCAACUUUAUGUGGACCAUGAAAUAGAGACCAUUAGAACAAUAAGCUCCCCAGGGGACAGGAACAAUGAAAGUGACCUUGCAGGGGGACUAGGGGCUUUUCAGGAACCUGACUUUGAGGAGGCUCCUAAAGCAAGUAGUGUGUCCAAAAGCGAGCAGCCCAUUCCUCUCCUGACAAAGAAAGAAAACCCUACAAAAAUAAGUAAAGUUGAAUUGAUGUUAACAUCGCCAUGUAAGAGACAAGUCAAUGAACAAGAAAAAGAAGGUUUCUCUGACUCUGAUUUUUCAGAUGGAAACACAGGUUCUAUUGCAGGAAGCUGGAGAAACACAUCUAGUUCAGAAGAAGAACCCAGUCCUGUUUUGAAAGCUUUGGAAAGGAGUGCUGCUAGGAAAAUGCCUUCCAAAAGUCUAGAAGACAUUUCAUCAGAUUUAUCAAAUCAAGCAAAAGUAGAUAAUCUGCCAGAAGAACUAGUACAUAGUGCUGAAGAUGAUCAAAAAACAGAUCAGGAACAAGAUACAAAUGAAUGCAUACCAGGAAUUUCCACAGUGCCUUCACAACCAGAUAAUCCGUUUUCCCAUCCUGACAAACUCAAAAGGAUGAGCAAAUCUGUUCCAACAUUUCUCCAAGAUGAGAGUGAUGACAGAGAAACAGAUACAGCAUCAGAAAGCAGUUACCAGCUCAGCAGACACAAGAAGAGCCCAAGUUCUUUAACCAAUCUUAGCAGCUCCUCUGGCAUGACAUCCUUGUCUUCUGUGAGUGGCAGUGUGAUGAGUGUUUACAGUGGAGACUUCGGCAAUCUGGAAGUGAAAGGAAACAUUCAGUUUGCAAUUGACUAUGUGGAUUCACUGAAAGAGCUGCAUGUUUUUGUGGCCCAGUGUAAGGACUUAGCAGCAGCAGAUGUUAAAAAACAGCGUUCAGAUCCAUAUGUAAAGACCUAUUUGUUACCAGACAAAGGCAAAAUGGGCAAGAAGAAAACACCUGUAGUGAAGAAAACCUUGAAUCCUGUGUAUAACGAGAUACUGCGGUAUAAAAUCGAAAAGCAAAUCUUAAAGACACAGAAGCUGAACCUGUCCGUUUGGCAUCGGGAUACCUUUAAGCGCAAUAGUUUCCUGGGGGAGGUGGAACUUGAUUUGGAAGCAUGGGACUGGGACAACAAACAGAACAAGCAAUUGCGGUGGUACCCUCUGAAGCGGAAGACAGCCCCAGUUGCCCUUGAAGUGGAAAACAGAGGUGAAAUGAAGCUAGCUCUCCAGUAUGUUCCAGAGCCAACCCCUGGUAAAAAGCUUCCUACAACUGGUGAAGUACACAUCUGGGUGAAGGAAUGCCUUGAUCUGCCACCGCUAAGGGGAAAUCAUCUAAAUUCUUUUGUUAAAUGUACCAUCCUUCCAGACACUAGUAGGAAAAGUCGCCAGAAGACAAGAGCUGUAGGGAAAACCACCAACCCAAUCUUCAACCACACCAUGGUAUAUGAUGGGUUCAGGCCUGAAGAUCUGAUGGAAGCCUGUGUAGAGCUCACUGUCUGGGACCAUUACAAAUUAACCAACCAGUUUUUGGGAGGACUUCGGAUUGGCUUUGGAACAGGUAAAAGCUAUGGGACUGAAGUAGAUUGGAUGGAUUCUACUUCAGAGGAGGUUGCUCUCUGGGAGAAGAUGGUGAAUGCCCCCAACACUUGGAUUGAAGCGACACUGCCCCUCAGAAUGCUUUUGAUUGCCAGGAUUUCCAAAUAAGUCCAGCACUGGCUCCUCCACUGAAAAAUAUUACACAAGUGGAUUUGGAUCUUGAAAAUCUGCCAACACAGACAAAGAUUCUCACUUCCUUCUGUUGCCACUAAUAAAUACUACACAGCACGUUGAAGUCCAUCUGCAUGUGUUGCUUGGAUUACAGGGCCCAAGGGACUUAAAUAGUGACAAGAUGUGUGACUUACUUGUGACUCCAGCAUUGAAGGAGAUACCUGAGCAAGUUAGGAAAAUUGAUCUGUUGCUGCUGCUUCAAAGAAAAAACUGCUAAAAAUUAUUUAAUUGGGGGUAUUUUUAACCAAAAGAGCAUUCUGGUUUCACACCACAUGUGUGUUAUGGUUAAGGCUUCUCCGCUCGAUUAUCCCUUUAAAUCCCUGCAGUACUUGUAAAUAGGUAGGUCAUAGAAAAAAGUAACAAAAAUACUCCUUGGGUGGGCUGGGGAGAGGAGCAACAUCAGUGAUGACAAAGAAUUACACAAUAAGGUAACUGUUUACCUUAUUUACCUGUAAUCUCUAAUAAUCUGGAAUUCCAUGUUAAGGCAAUAAGACUGACUUGACUGAGCACAUUUCUGCCUUGAGAAGCUGCUUUUUCUUUCCCCAAGUCUCAAGUGUACUUUGGUGCCACCUACUGGCCAUAAGUGGAAUUCAGUUCUUGGCUUAUUUUGGCUUAAUUGUAUCCUAAAGUAGAUCUCAAACCUGUAUUUUAUAAUAGAAUGUUUUUUAAAACCUUGCAUAUGUAUGAUUGUUUUUCUUAUAACUUUGUUAUAUGAAAGCAGCAUAAUAGUAGCCACAGAUGUGCUUUGCAACAAAGUUUUAAUUAGAAUAUAAAUUGUUGGAUUUUAGUGUAUUUCCUAUAUAUGUAUAAUUUUCAUGAAGUAUUUUGUAAAAACCCUUAGAAUAAAUUAUCAUAUGAUUUAAAUUGUAUUGAAAA